AAGCUCCGCCUCCUCCACGGACCGAUUUAUUAGCGGGGAAGUACGAAAAGUCUUCAGAUAGACUCAAAAACUUCCAAAUGGCAGCGUUUUAUCCCCCGUGCUCAGGUCUUUCCGAAGAGCUGACAAGAUUGUUUAGCUUGCCACCUCCGAGCAGAGCCUCAGUUUGCUUAAAGCAGGCAGAUGAGCAGUCGUUAGUUGAUGUUCGUGUUCCCCGUGUAGACAAGGAAUUUGACAUAGAUCCCUUUGAUGACUGGGAAAGAAACGGCAGGUCAAGUGACAUUGACGAGUUCGACAGGCUGUUGUGGGCCCUGAGAGAGAACUGCAGUGCCAACUCCGGGAAUCAGCGCCGCCGGACAAGUAGCAGCGGGAGUAGCCACAGCGGCGGCCGCGCCGACCAGAACCAGGGGAUGGGGCGCAGUGUCUGUGUGUUCUGCCGCAACAACAACGAACCAAAGUCGUGGUUUACCAGUCACCGCCUGAAGGAUGACCAGGGACACGUCGUUUGCCCUGUCCUGUCUGCUUACACCUGCCCUUACUGUGGAGCCACUGGAUCUAAGGCGCAUACUAAGAAAUAUUGCCCAAAGAGAACCCCAAAUACUUUACAGGAGAUUGGGAAAGCCACUGCCUUGUGUUGAAAGGUCCAUCAAGUGGUUAAGUUAUGAAGUGGGAGGAAUUAUCCAGGCAAAAUGUUUUUAUACCUCUAUAAUUUGAACUGUCAUCACAGGUUGAGAGCAGUAUAAGUUUGUGUCCUAAAAACUUGUGUGCCACUCAAUAAAUGCCAUGUUUAAUUUUUUCUUACUGUAAAAUAUAUAUUUUAGUAGUUUUACACCUAUAUUGAUUUGUUAUUUACAGUGAUUUGUAGUCAUUGUACAAAAGAAACUUGAACGUAUUGUAGUUUAUAAUAAGUAUUACAAUUAAAUGGCAAUAACAUUACUGAAGUACAUUUAUUAAGACUGCAUGUUCAAGUUGAAAACCUUUCAGUAGUAAUUUUGUAGACAGUGUAACCUCUUAAGCAAAUAGGCUGAAUUGUAAGCAAUAUUUUCCUUUAUCAGUAGUAUUUUAGUAUUCAUUCAUAACAUUUUUCAGUGAUUUUGAAAGUUGAAUAGCAGUUUUGUUCUAUGCAAUUUUUUAAUCAUUCCAUUGGAGAACAUGUACAGGUUCCCAAUUUUGUAGUUAUUAUAUAUUUUGUUGUUUUAAAUUUCCCCAGUGGGGAAGAAUUCAAUUGUUAUUAGCAUAGGCACAUUUAUUAAAGAGGCAUUCUUAAUAAUAAAGUUUGAAUUGACAUUUCAAAAAAU